GCGGAUAAGAGGCUGACUCUGAAAGUGUAGAGCUCAUUGUCGACUCUGUCAACAUGUUGCUCUCUGCGUUGCUGUUGCUUCUGGUUUGCGGGUCACAAGCCGACAAUUACUACGGCACCGUGAUGACCUACUACCCAAAGGACAUGACGACCAAUGGAUCUCUCUUGGUGAACGUUCGCUACAAGCUGAGCUUCGCCGCUUGCGCAGCCAACGACACGUGGAGUUGCAGCGGCAACUGUGGAAGUGAGACGGCGGAUGUUGAGCUGAGCGUCGUGGAGGAAAGCCCAGGGGAAUGGUGCCAGAGAGAAGGCGUCGCGACCCGCCUGGUGUCUGGCACCGCUCCGUUUCAGCUUUCGUUGGAUGGUGGAAACUGGAUAACUGGAAUCAUAAACAGCAUCGUGUCCUGGAGAGCCGUGACCGACGUAGAGCUGAGUUUCCGGUCUGAUAGCAACCAAAUCAACACCUCGCCAGUGACCACCAUCCUCCCAGCUCUGAGGAUUCCUUCAAACUGUCCGAGAAACGUCAGCUUGUUGGCGUUUGACCCCGAUGGAGACGAGGUCAAAUGCAGAAAUGGGAUGACAUCAGCUUCAGAGUGCAACCCGUGCACACCUCCGUCCGUCCUCAACCUCUCAUCUUCUUGCACUCUGUCAUUCAGUCCAACAAACAGCAGCAACGAAGGGCCGUACGCAGUGCAGCUGGUGAUGGAAGACUUCCCCAGGCAGAACAUAAAUCUGGUUCAACCCGACGGCUCCUCGGUGCAGAAGACGACCAACGAAGCCAUCAGCAAGAUUCCAGUCCAGUUUGUUUUGAAAGUGGAUCCUGCUGUGCCAUCCUGCUCUGAAGGAGUCUAUCUGCCCAGAUUCCUUUCUCCAACUCCAGACCACGGAGCCCAGAUCCUCACCAAUGUCAAUGAAGGAGUAGAAAUCAACAUUAGAGCAGAGGCCACUCAAUCCACGAUCUCUGGUCUCCUGUUCAGCGGUCCCCAUAAUGUGGUGAAAAACUCACAGGCAUUGGGAAACUUCACCUUGACAUGGACGCCAUCUAAUUUUGAAAGCGGAGAAAGCCAUCCCAUCUGCUUUGUUGUCCAGUCGAGCUUGGCUUCAUCCGUGUAUCAGUCUGACCUUAGAUGCGUCACUGUAAAAGUUGGAAAUUCCGUCCCAACAACUACCAUGCCACCCAUGCCAACAACAACCACCUAUCCAGAAACUACCAUGCCACCCAUGCCAACAACAACCACCUAUCCAGAAACUACCAUGCCAACAACAACCACCUAUCCAGAAACUACCAUGCCAACAACAACCACCUAUCCAGAAACUACCAUGCCACCCAUGCCAACAACAACCACCUAUCCAGAAACUACCAUGCCACCCAUGCCAACAACAACCACCUAUCCAGAAACUACCAUGCCACCCAUGCCAACAACAACCACCUAUCCAGAAACUACCAUGCCAACAACAACCACCUAUCCAGAAACUACCAUGCCAACAACAACCACCUAUCCAGAAACUACCAUGCCACCCAUGCCAACAACAACCACCUAUCCAGAAACUACCAUGCCAACAACAACCACCUAUCCAGAAACUACCAUGCCAACAACAACCACCUAUCCAGAAACUACCAUGCCACCCAUGCCAACAACAACCACCUAUCCAGAAACUACCAUGCCAACAACAACCACCUAUCCAGAAACUACCAUGCCAACAACAACCACCUAUCCAGAAACUACCAUGCCACCCAUGCCAACAACAACCACCUAUCCAGAAACUACCAUGCCAACAACAACCACCUAUCCAGAAACUACCAUGCCACCCAUGCCAACAACAACCAUCCAAUUCCCAACUACAACUGUUGUUUUCCCAACAACUGUUCCGACAACAACCCACAUUCCAACUACAACUACAGCCGCACCAACAGCUCCAACUACAACUACAGUUGUCUUCGGAACAGCCCCACCAGUCAUGCCACCACCAACUCAGACCAGUGCGCCAACAACUCCGCCGCCUACAAGCACAUCGGAUCCAGGACCAUAUUAUGUUAUGGCUUUGAACGCAAAGAUCUCAACGACACUUUCACUGGAGAAUGACUACAACACAAUCAUCCAACUGAUUCAGAAUGAACUGACUGAUAAAGGAUUACCACAAAACAUAAUCGUAACCAUCCGGAGAAAAGGUGCACUGGAAAUGACAACAGCUGCCCCCUAGUGGCUAAAAGUUGUUACUGAACUCUGUGGAAAAAUGAAAUGGGUUUCCAGAUGUUCUUAUUCAGCUUCACUGUUUCAUCUCCUGUUGUUGACUAUAUUUUAUUUGAUGUCUAUACAUGCAUUUAACUUGUUUAUUUAUAAAUCACAUGUGAAAAUAAUGUGGAUAAUUCAAUUUUAUUUCUGGUUGUCGAAUAAAUUUUCGUGUGGAUUCCUUAAGGUUGUCAUAUCAACAGCUUUUUUACUGAACGUUAGAAAGUUGGUGGUUUAAAUGGUUUUUGUCAUCUGUUAUUUGGUUCUCUGUUGGAACCUGGAACAAUUUUUUAUAUUUCUAAAGAAUGCAUGUAAACGUCUCUCAUGAUGUAAAUAAAUUCAAGACAACUACUUAUGAGCUAAAUGUUUAGAUGUGCCAGAAUAAUAAAAAAAUGUUAAAUUUU